AUGAGCCCGGCCCAGCACAAGGCUGAGGUACUAGAGCCGGCUUUGGCCGCCCUAGAUUUAGCGGAAGAGAAAGAUGAUAUUUCUGACUCCUCAAAUCCAUCCGGACUGAGCAAAGGCCAGCUAAAGAAGCUCAAGGCGAAGGCGAAGAAGGCGGAACAACAGAAAGCCGAGUCGGGGCAGGUGCCGGAAGAAACAAGCCCACCCAGCAUCCCAGUUCGGUUACUCUUUCCGGACGGCAAAUAUCCCGAGGGAGAGUGGCAAAGCUACAAGGACGAUAACCUUUGGCGGGAGACCAGCGCCGAGAAGCGCGAGUUAGAGAGGCUGAAUUGGGACAUGCUCAAUGAGGUCCGCCGGGCAGCCGAGGUUCAUCGGCAGGUGCGCAAGCACAUGAUGACGGUCAUCAAGCCAGGCAUCCGCCUCUUCGACAUGUGCGAGCAGCUGGAGGAUAUGGUGCGCAAUCUCAUCGAGGUCAACGGCCUGGAGCAGGGCAUCGCCUUUCCAACGGGCUGCUCGCUCAAUUACGUCGCCGCCCACUGGACGCCUAAUGGUGGCGACAAGACGGUGCUCCAGUACGACGAUGUUAUGAAAAUUGACUUCGGGACACAUGUGGGCGGCCGGAUCAUCGACUCGGCAUUCACCGUGCAUUUCAACCCUAAGUUCGACCCGCUCGUCGCGGCCGUCAAAGACGCCACGAACACGGGCGUCAAAACGGCAGGAGUUGAUGUGCGGCUAUGCGAUGUGGGCGAGGCGGUGCAGGAGGUUAUGGAGUCGUACGAGGUGGAUUUGGACGGUCGUACAUACCAGGUCAAGUGCGUGCGCAACCUCAACGGUCACUCCAUAGGGCCCUACCAGAUUCAUGCGGGGAAGAGUGUCCCUAUCGUGAGGGGCGGUGAGGCCACCCGCAUGGAGGAGGGGGAGUUCUUCGCCAUUGAGACGUUUGGAACCACCGGCAAGGGCUACGUUCGAGAGGACCUGGAGUGCUCCCACUACAUGAAGAACUUCGAUGCCGGGCACGUGCCCCUCCGCCUGCCCCGGGCCAAGCAGCUGCUGGCGACCAUUGACAAGAACUUUGGAACACUGGCCUUCUGCCGGCGGUACCUCGAUCGGCUGGGGGAGGACAAAUACCUGAUGGCGCUCAAGAACUUGUGCGACGCCGGUGUGGUGGACCCGUACCCGCCGCUCUGUGACGCCAAGGGCUCCUACGUGGCGCAGUUCGAGCACACCCUGUACCUGCACCCGACCCGCAAGGAGGUGCUGUCGCGCGGGGAGGACUACUGACGGCUGGGGCGGCGGUGGGGGCGGGGGCGGCGGCGUGACAGCACCGGGGGGGGGGAGACUGGCCGGGCGGGCGGGCGGGCAGGCCCAUUCGACUGCCGGCGCAGUUGGAUCGGUAGCGGCGCUUACCUGCCCUUUUGUCAACAGCGGCUGGGGAAUACGCCGCCUUGGGGCCGGGCGCGUUUUAGACACGGCAGGUUGGACACGUGUCUCGAGGGGGCAUGUGCGGGCUGGCGCUAGCUGGCCCUCCCUUGUGACCUCCUUUUGGAACCUCUAGCGGCAGGGGGGCUCAUGACAACCGCUAUGGAGCUCGUGUACGGUGUCGUACGGCGGCGUGCAUUUGAGUAUGGAGUUGCGGUGUGAUGGGGCGACGGUGUACGUAACGUUGUGCCUCAUCCUGAGCACGUUGCAGCCAUCACGUGCCCCACCACCAUCAGCAUCUUCUGGCGUGAGGCGAUGGAGAGGAGCUCUUUUGAUUCGUACAGUCGUACCAUCGGGGCGUCAUGUUACGGCGGGUAGGGGGGUUGCGGCUGCUGCCUGCUCCGGGGAGGAUUGGCUCUCCCCGCUGCGUUGUUGCCUGUUUUGGCCAUGUUUGGACUAAAGGGAGUGUGAGUGUUAAACGGGCCUGAAGGGUUUUCCAAUUUUUUUGCUUGUUCACCAAGUCAUAAUAGCUAGUGGCGCCCUUGCAUGAAGCUGAAGAGGAAAUUCGCGAGGGGGCCUAUUUGUGCACGAGGGUUCAUUGCUGUGCGGGUGGCUGUGUAUGUGUAAAUGAGGGAGGGAAUUGAGAGACGGAGUGGCACUCGAGAUUUGAAGUGCCCUACCGAAAUCUUGGCGGCGACAGCGGCGGAGUGACUUUUAAGGUUCGCGGAGAGCGCAUCAUCUUUUUUAGGGCAGGUUUUCGGAGGAGAUGCUGGAGGACCGGACAGGUCGGUCAGCAGAUUGGGGCGAUUUGGGCCGUGCAGGGUGGAGGCUGUGGGGUGUUGGAGCUCCCUGGUGUGUGGGAGCAGCUGACUAAGUCGAGCUGCAGGUUCCCAUAAACGCAUCCGCAAUCUGGGUUACGGCCAUAUGAUGAUGAUGAUGAUAUAGUUUAUGUUUUGUAGAUUAAUCUCUUCUUGCAUGCCAGAGGGACGAUGGGCUCUUUAGCCGAAGUGGUGCUCAGCUUCUGUUUGGGUGUCUUGUGUGGAUUGCUUUGCAUGGACUGCGUAGGUGCAGGUGGAGGUCGUUGAUAGACAUAUUUUGUUAAUAGUAAAUAAACCACAUCCGGAUGUUUAGAGGAAUUAAGCAAUAUUCCCACUCG